AUGAUGAUCAUUCCACGGAACAGUGUGGCAGCAGUCAGGGUCCGAGACACGGACAUGUCCUUCUCCACCACCGACACUCCGAAAGCAGCAGCCUUUACUCUGCUCAGCAUGGCGGUGUCCGGCUGGCUUGCUCGCCGAUCCAUGUACGGUCUGGUCCAUGCCAAAGGUGCAUUGGACACUGUUUCGGCCGUUGGAGCAGUCGGAGGAGGGUGGGCAGGUCUGAGAAUGGGUUGCUGGCUCUUCCGCAAGACGCACGUACAAGAUGGAUCGUUCGUCGAGGUGCAAACGCCUGCAGGUGCACAAAGUUUCAACUGCAGUGAUGCACAAGCAAGGGAGUUCACGAGGCUUUUCUCUUGA